AUGUCCGCAAUUUAUUUGAAAGAAAUUAAAACCGAAUCAGAAGAAACUGAUUUUUAUCAAUAUUUUGAAUUAAAUUGGUUGUCUUGUUGUGAAAUAUGGCAAACCAAGUAUCGUAAAAAUUUAUUCAACUUCGAUACAGAUACCAAUAAUCAUCUGGAACGAUUCAACCGAACGUUAAAAGAUCAUAUAUUACCUAAGAUGCACAUAUCGAAAUGCGUAAAAAAAUUAAUAUUAGCUGUGGAAGACGCUACAGCUGAAGAAAUAAAUACAUAUAUAAACUUGAAACAAAGGAUUUAUAAUGAUAAUGAUUUGACAAUGGUUCAACAAUUUGGUCCUCAACUAAUAAACAAAGCUAUUGGUUUAUUGCGUGGGCAAAAUGAUGAAUUAAAACAAAAACAUUAUUUCAUGGAAGAACUUGAAGAUAAUGGAAAAUCGGCCAAAAAGAUGAAGAGAAAAACCACUUUGUAA